UUUUUUGCGUGCUUGUCUUCCCGGGAAAUACAUUUUGAGAUCUGUCGCCCGACUUGACCCACUACAAAAUCUCUAACCUUGCUGCCUUCACGUGGAAAAUAGCCAGCGCCUAUUUUUAGUGAAAUUUGCCGGAAUUAUGGCAGCUUCUGAGAAAAACUUGGUUUUAAUUCCAGUGGACGAAAGUGUUCACAGCGAGAGAGCAUUUGACUGUGAGUACAGAAGUACACUGUUAUAUUGUUGCGUCUGUAAAGCUGCCUGAGUACAGUGAAUAAUUCUUAUCGAGAUUGUGAGGAAGAUCGCUCUUUGUCGUUACGAGCAAUUUACUAUUCUUUUUACCUUAGCUUUUAUUUUUGUUAUUCGUGUUGUCGAUGCAAGAACCUGAAGGUAAAAACAAUUAUUUGCAUAAUUAACGUAUAAAACAAUUUAUAAGAAUUCUUGAAUGUAGAAAAUCUUAAUUACUGCCAAAUUACAGACUGUUGCUACGCAGGUGCCAUUAAAACGCCCCCAAGACAACAGCUGAAAAUCAACAUUUACAUUAUAUUUUCUACACACGGAGGAUUAUGAAAAGUAAUUUGGCUGAUUAUGGUGGCGUUGCUUUCAUAUAAAUUUCAUUUGUGUGGAAUUCUUGCGUCGAUUUUACUCUUAAGUUGAAAAUACUGGCAAAUUUCACCUAUUAAGUGUACGUAAUUUUGCACUUACUUCUUCUACAAAAGAAAUCCCCGAGGUUGUACAUUUGAAACGUAGCUGUCAAUAUAAAUUUGACCAAUCAAAUAGCAAUGCCCCUGGGGCAUUACUUUCAGUUUGAUAGUUUUUGUAGAUACAGAGAUAUUGAUAAACUUUAAAAUUCGAAGUGUCUAAAUGACCUGCAGCCGGUCAAGGUUUUCAAAUCAUGAAAUGAACAACAGUUAAAUCUACAUUUGUCUCAUUAGUGAUUACUAGGUUUUCCUGUACGGGUAGAUAAAGUUGGGCUUAGGGGCGUAGGGGGUGGUGGGCUCCUAAAAACCAUUCUAUACGGGGAGCCGGGGAGGCACUGUCCCGCAGUCUAAUCCCUUACCUUUUACAUAUAGAGGUUCUAUUGGCUCGUCACGCAAUCCAACCUCGUCUACAGGGCAAUUUUCCCUGGCUUUGGAGGCCAGUUUUGGAGCCAAGGUAAAGCGCCCUGGGGACGAGGUUGCACGCAAUCCUCUUCUACGUGGGCAAGGAACGCGUGAUGAAACCCGAAGAACGUCUGCAUAACAGGCUCGGUUUUGGUGUACCACUUUUUGACAAAAAAAAUACUUCUUUCGUAUUUUUUCGUUGAAAAACGGUUCCCUUUCACAUACCUAGUAGUUUCCCUUGCAACCGUUUUAGCGUCGUCGGGAGCAGCGUUGCGCGAUGACAUUAAAACGGCUGCGACUCAACUGCGAGGGAGAUUACAUUUCCACUCACAGUAAUGCUCCUUUUAAUAACUCACCAAGUACUAUUAAAAGGAGUUGUAGUUCAUUUCAACAGAAAUAGGGUGCUGAAGAAGGAACAGAUCGACCCAAGAUCAACUUUGGCGCUUCCCUUUUUGUGACGAAUAAUCAACUGGUUCCCAGGACCUUACUUAGACGUCCCGCUCAUUGGAUGUAGCUUUUCCGUUCUAGUUUAAUGACAGCAACCAUCAAGCUUUUUGUUAAAUUUGAUGUUGUGUUCCUUUUCUUUGACAGUUUAUCUUCAGUUUAUGUACAGAGCUGACCAGACCGUGGGAAUAACACACGUACACGAAGAUACCGGCAACACCGUUAUUAGGAUUCCAUGUAAGUUUAAACUUCCCUUCUCCCACGCAAUAGAAGGUUUUCUUUUAGUCUGCAGUCGUACUCAUUUUUUUUUUCGUUGCUUAAAUAAAAACACAAUGACAUGAAAAGAAAAAAUUAAGAAUGACGCCUUAUAAACGAUUUCCUGGAACGCCUACCUCCCGAUUUUUAAACUGGGCAACUUUUAUCGAAAUCAAAUUGCCUAUGCCGUGUACGUCUUGGUAUGCAAAUCGAGGGAAAAGUGAAGAGGUCGCGGGUAGAUGACCACAUAAAACAGUAACUUCAUUCAUACAGUAAUCAAACUCCUGAUUUUUUCCACGUUUUAAUGUUAACCGUUUGACGGUUGGCAAUUUACCCAUCCCCUAACACUCCCCUUUCGUCUAUUUCGAUCGAUGAAUUUAAGUCAAAGAUGACCAUGUAUAUGUGUGUAUUUCAGUAGGAAGUGACAUGACGGAAGAGGCGAUUGAGAAUAUUGUUAGAGCCCAGUGGCAAAAGGUAGACGACUUGAUUGACAAGUACAAAAGAAAGUGCGAUCAAGCCAAGGUAAAUAACGGAAUGAUUAUUCAUUCAAAAGAUUUCGCCGUUUCUGAUUGGUUCCAAUCCCCCAGGUAAUUCUUCAUGACCAAUCAGCGCUGAUCAAAUUUGGAAGAUGCGAGCAAUAUUACCAUAUUUGAUUGGAAACGAGGCUGAAUGGACAACAUCACCGAUCAACGUCUUUUCCAAGCGUGGCGGCCUAGCUGUUCAGUUAUUCACAAGUGAAUUAAAAGACGGACCUUCACGACUAUCCAAAGACGAAUUUGCUAAUUUCUGACUAAAACUGAACGGAAGGAGAGAAAGAAUACGCAAAACCUAUUGCUUGAUAGAUGUUAUUUAAUUUUUGAGGAGUAUCUGCAAGAAAAAAAACUGUAUCUAUAUCCUGAAACUGUGCCGAAGAAUAGGCCAAAGUUUAGAAGAAAGUCAAUGAAAGGUAAACUUGUGAAGAACUUAAAAAUAUCUUGAAUGAAUAAUAAAACGGCCAUUAUUGAAAUCGGCUUUCGUAUGAUGUGAAGAAUUAUGUAGAUCUCGGAGGACGUUAUCCACCUCGGCUGACAAUAUCCUCCUCGAUCUGCAUAAUUCUUCACAUCCUACUCAGCCUCAUUCAGUAAUUUCUAAAUAUAUGGCAAUAUAUACAAUCAUGGCUUUAUUAUUCCCCCUGUCUCAUACUUACUUUUGUUUUCAGAUCAAGUAUUCAGUUUUUAUAGAAACAAAAGGAAAACCUGGAGAGGUGAUUUGCAAGCUGGUCAAGGAGAAGAACGCUCUAAUGGUUGUCAUGGGAUCUAGGGGACUUGGAACAAUACGCCGCACCAUAUUAGGAAGUGUAAGCCAGUACUGCAUUGAUCAUGCGCACGUACCAGUCACUGUUAUACCGCCGCCCUAA